AUGAGUAUGAAACAUUUAACAAACAAAACCCCAAGAAUUCUUCAAGAGCUUAUGACCCAACAGGAUAAUUCGAAAUGUUUUGAGUGCGGUUCUCAUAAUCCACAAUGGGCUUCUGUCUCAUAUGGUAUAUGGAUUUGUUUAAUGUGUUCAGGAAAACACAGAGGGCUUGGGGUUCAUCUGUCAUUUGUCAGAUCCAUCACCAUGGAUUCUUGGAAGGAUUUAGAGUUGGAAAAAAUGAGAGUUGGGGGAAAUAGAAAUGCUAAAGCAUUUUUCAAAUCUCAACCAGACUGGAGUGAUUCAAUGACUAUUGAACAAAAAUAUAAUACUAAAGCUGCAGCACUAUAUCGAGAUAAGAUAUUAAAUUUAGCUAAAGGGGAACAAUGGAGCCCUACUACGUCAUCAGCUAAAGAUUAUAAUGUAGAUCAUAUGAAAAUGACGGGUGGUAACCAAUCACAAAAGUAUAAUUUUAAUGAAUCAUCAACUAAUUAUAAUGAAUUGAGUUCUGGCUAUCAAAAUGAUGUUGGCAGUCCAAAUAUCAAAGAUGAGAAAGAAGCUUUUUUUGCUAGAAAACAAUAUGAAAACAUGACAAAACCUAGCAAUGUCCCUCCAAACCAAGGUGGGCGUUAUUCUGGAUUUGGUAAUACAGUUGAACAACCUCCGAGAAGUCAAUCUCAAGAUCUUCUCGACUCUGCAGUGUCAUCAUUUUCUAGUGGAUGGUCUUUAUUUUCCUCAUCUGCAUCAAAACUAGCCUCUCAAGCCACACAAAGUGCCAUUAAAAUAGGUGGACUAGCAACUCAAAAGGUAACAGAUAUAACCACCGACAUAAGCUCAAAGAUAAAAGAAGGUACAUUAAUUGACGACGUAUCUACUCAAUUUUCUUCUAUGUCAACAAAGGUAAACGAUUUAGGCCGUAAAGAAUGGCAAAAUAUUACUGGCAGUAAUAUUCCUACACCGCCAAAAUCACAUUCAACUAAUUUUGUAGCACAUUCCACUGAGAACUCUUCUUUAAUUUCUGAUGGUUCAUCUGGAAAUCAAAAAAACGUGCAGCGUAAAAAUAGCUGGACAUCUUGGGAUGUUAAUAAUACUCAUGCAUCGUCCUCUGAUCAAACAACUGAAAAAUAUCAACCAAUUCAAGAUGAUUGGAAUAACAAAUGGGAUAAUAACUGGUAG